AUGACUUUGAGAGUUCUCUGGCCUCAUGCUUCUCUUAGCCUUCAAGUUUGACAGAUUUUGCCCCAGUCUCUGGCAAAGAAGUCCGUCAUCUUGCCUUGUGAACUUGAAAGUUGAAGUUGAAGCAGUCCCGAAGGGCGAUUAGCGCACUUUACGUUUGCUGUUUACAGGACGUCGUCCAAUCACUUUCUUGGAGCAGGAGCUUGAUUAGAAAGUACUGAUUUUCUAGGUCUGAUGGGGUCCUUGGCGCUCCGACCUAGAGCCCUCGGCCGACUUCUCGCCCAGACACCGGCCGCCAUGUCGUAUUGGAUAGAAACGGCUUCAGUAUCUCAAAGGAAUUUAAGCACACUUUUGCCAGCUUGUGGAAGCAGAGAAGUUGCAAGCAGCAGUGGCAGAACGGAACAGCAAACGCUAUGGCCAAGGGGCUCGCCUCUGAUCUCCUCAGUGUUUGCAACAGGUAUACAACAGCGCUCCAUGUUCAUCCAAACCCAGUCCACCCCCAAUCCUGCAAGUCUCAUGUUCCUUCCGGGUCAGAAGGUUCUGGAGGAUGGCAGCGCUGAUAUUGAGAACGCACGAGCAGCGAUGGCUUCCCCCCUCGCCAAGGCACUAUUUCGAAUCGACGGUGUCGUUCGCGUCUUCUAUGGGUCGGACUUUGUGACAGUUACAAAAAGGGAUGACAUUAACUGGUCAACUUUGAAACCGGACAUCUUUGCGGCCAUCAUGGACUUCUUUGCGUCGGGGGAACCUUUGUUCACAGACAAGGCUGGCAUGGCAGCCGACACAGCAAUUCACGAGGAUGAUGACGAGGUUGUAGCCAUGAUCAAAGAACUACUAGAAACAAGGAUUCGACCAGCAGUGCAAGAGGACGGGGGCGACAUCAUGUACAAAAGCUAUGACCCGGAUUCGGGCAUCGUGAAACUGAAGAUGCAAGGAGCUUGCAGCGGCUGUCCCAGCUCCUCGGUGACCCUGAAGAGUGGAAUUCAGAACAUGCUGAUGCACUAUGUUCCAGAGGUUCAAGGUGUCGAAGAAGUAACCGACACUGAAGACGAGGAUGUGGUGCAAUACGUGAAGAUACAGGAGCGCGCAGCAAACUGAUUGGAAGGGCCACUCUUGGACAGCUUUCAUUUCAUAGGGGGGAAAACCGGUAUGUAUGCCCAUCGGUUUGGUGAUUGCGCAAUGCUCGUCUUGAAUAAAGGAAAGUCUGCAGCUUGGCUUGCGUUCAAUAGCAGCCUACUUGGCAUCCAUCUUCGAGAUCAUCAACUACAUGCAUUGAUGUUAGUCUCGAAACUUCCUUGGAGAUAUGUUCACUUUCAGGUAUUACAGCUAAAUCGCUGUCUUUAUAAAAAGGUCUUCCAACAGCUGCGCCACUUUGCUCUCGCUUGGCUGUAUAGAUCUGUUUGCUCGAGAUGAGUCGAACAAGAAUUUCGAGCACAAACCCAGGGUGGAAAAUAUAAUACAACUUAAGUUUCAGAAUUGUAAGUUGUCCGCAAGUCUCCUUGGAUGGUUUUCUG